UGAAAACACCCAUGUUUUAACUUAACAGUAAGCAAUAGGUGUGAAAAGGCACCAUGUGUGUCUGAUGUAUAUGAAGACAACUAUGUUUUAAUUCAAGAACAGUGAGCAUGAGGUGUAUGAAUACACCAACGUGUGUCUGGUGUAUAAGAAGACAACCAUAGUAUAACUUGACAGUAAGCAUGAGGUACAUAAAAACAAUAUACCUAUAGUAUAAAAUACGUAACAUGUAUUUACAUACGUAGUGCCUUUGCCUAUAGUCUAGUCAAAUAAGUCAAAAAACAUGAAUGUAUCGGACGAGCUACGCGAAACGUACACAAAUAUGAUUACUGAAGUUAGCAACCUCGCCAAGGGUCCUAAAUCAUUCGAAAAACACGUCACUGAGUUAAUAGAAAGCUUAAUUGAAACCGAAGUGUACCCGGAAAUCGAAGAAUGGAAAGACAGAAGAUUUUUUCCCGGAUUUCGGGCAAAAACUGCCGAGUUUUGUUACGAUGAUUGGCACCCUAGAAAGGGAGACGUUGUAGUAGCGUCGUUUUUGAAAACUGGUACGCACUGGGUUAGAGAAAUAGUUCGACAACUUUUCUUUCAACAUGAUGCUACACUUAUUGAAGAAACGAAGAAAAUUGGAUUCUUUUAUGCCUAUUUGGAAACUGGAUCGCCUUGCAAGUUCGAAAUAAUGGACAAUCUGCCUUUUCCUCGGCGAAUAUUUGGAACACAUAUGCCAGCUGAGCUACUUAACGUGAAAAAGUACACUGAAAAAGGUGUUAAGAUCAUAUACGUCUACCGUAAUCCGAAGGAUCAACUCGUUUCAUUUUUCCACUUCAUGCGUUCUAUGCAGUUUGCUGAGCCCGAAAAAUGGGAAAAACUGUUCCCAGGAACUUGGAACGAAUUUUUUGAUGCAUGUACAGCAGGGGAACAGCCGGUUGGUUUAAAACAAGGAGAAAGCUACGUAGAUCAUAUUAUGUCUUGGUAUAAGCAUUACGAUAACGAUGGUGUGCACUUUGUAAAGUACGAAGACUUGAAAAAGGACCCACACGGCUAUAUUUCACGCAUCGCUGAUUUCGUUGACGUCACAACGACGAAAGAUGACGUCACAGCAGUGGUGACGAACACGUCAUUUAAGAAUAUGAAAGAAAAAGCUGAAAAGGGAGAAACAGCCGCGCAGGCUGGAGAAAAAAUAUUGUCCAUUUUUAGGAAAGGUGGCCAGACUGGUGGCUGGAAAAACCAGUUUACGGUCGCACAGUCGGAAAAAGUCGAUAAAAUGUUCGAGAAACUGAAAGACACCAAGAUAUCAUUUAAUUAUUAGUCGAAUAUUAGUUACGUACUGAAUAAACUGAAGAAGUAAUACAGUAGGGUGAGGAAGAUGGGACACCUUUUCAUUUUAUUUCUCGUCCCAUUUUGUAAUAAACAAAGAACAUUCAAAGAUUAUUAAACCGUAUCCUCACAACUCCCAUAGACCGUUGUUAAUUGUUUAAAACACGAUCAGGAUAUUUGGAUAUUAUGUGAUAAAGUUGUCCCGUCUUUCCCCCAUCCCACUAUGUAAAAACCAACCGUUGAAAAAGUACUAAAAAACAGAUUUCUACGUUUCUUUUUGGUCCAGAUUUAUCAUUUUCGACUUGCUUUUACAUUAUAUGUAAUCUACAAUUUAUAUUUCGUUGGUAUUUUUUAAAUGUUAUAAUUUAUCAUUAUCAUACGACUGUUUUUCCUGACUUAUAAUACGAGCGUGAAUGUCAAAGUACAAUUUUAACCUUCAUUUUACACAAGGCCCAGACUUUGCAAGCACAUAAUAUAUAUAAUAUACCAAUGUUUUUUCGCGGUCUUUACAUUUUGAAGCCAAAAUAAUAAAAGUCAUUUUAAAGAA